AAUAGCAUUGAGAGCUCGGAUUCACCAAACCCUAACAUGCCACUGCCCGGCCUGGUUAGUCCUCUAUCUACUAGUGCACACUGUAAGGAUAAAACGGGCGGCAAGCUACCGGCGAGGAAGUGAUCAAGAGCAACAGAGACGUAAUAUAAUGGAGAAAUAUUUCGGGAAUGCAUAUCGCGGUGAUCCUGGCGUGCCACACACCGAUCCGGAGCGCUUCGCAAACAUCUGGAUUGGCUCAUUCGCAUUCUCAGCUCUCACCUUCUUUAACCCAUACAUGUGGCAGCUCUCCAACCAAUUCAACUGGCAUGACAAGGCCAUGUUAUUUGAACAAUACCAUUGGAAGAAAGCCAAGGAGAAAGGGGAGCCAUAUCAGUUCAAGUGGAACCAGUACAUGAGCAAGCCGCUGCGUGACUCAUACUACAUCAAUUGGCCCGUUUACUUCCCAUAGAAAUAUCAGUGCUAGUUCUUCCUUGUGGUUAGAUCUGUCAAUUUGAGUUUGCAAACAUGAAUCUGUUUUUAUGAACAAAAAAUGUUCUUUGCUGUAUUAUGUGAGAAACAUUAAAAAUUACUUUGUCAGAGUUCCUGAAAUUUAGUUAAUUGUAAUUUUGAAUUUAUUUCUUUGGUGGAAAUCAUAGUUAAAUCCUUCAGGGGAUUCUUUGCCU